CGGUAUUUUCUGAGGGUCGACGGUAUAUUUGAUCGGUAAUCACACUGCAGACAAGAAUUACGCGUGAAAACACCAAUGAAAAUCAAGCGAAAAAUUGCUAAAUACAGCCAAGCGGUGCAUUAAAGUGCAAAGACUUUGAUUUCCUCCAGGACCAACAACAGUUACAAGGCUAAAGCAACAUCCAUCAGAGAAACAGCGCAGCUGAACCAAAAAAAGGACAACUUUAGCUAAAAAAAAAACAUAAGUUCAAUUUAAAUUUAAAUCAAAAAGUAAUAAAACGUCAACGAAGAAAUUGAGAACAAGCCACCAACUGGAGAGAGAGAGCGGAAAACGGCGCGAACAGCUGUCAAGAGAAGAAGAAGAGCAAGCAACAGCAAGAGACGAAUCAACCAGGCAGCGAAAUCAACACAGUCUUAGGUCAACAAAUGGGAACCAAUUCGGGAGCCACCGCUGGCAUCAAUAAUAAGCCGGUUGGCGGUGCGGGUGCCGGCGUACUCGGCGGUGUCGGCGGUGCUAAUUCCUCAAUUGGCGGCGUCCUCUCCAACAGCUUGGGUGGAGGCGGCGGUCUAAGCAUCAGUGGCCUCAACUCUGGUGGACAGAACGCGAAUGUUGGCGGCCUGGUCACCGGCAUGGGCAGUGGCAACAACAUGAACGACGAUGGCGGCAACGGCAUGUCCGGCGGACCAAAUAAUCAGCAGGCCACCACGCCCCAAUACACAAUACCAGGCAUCUUGCAUUUCAUUCAGCACGAGUGGUCGCGAUUCGAGCUGGAGCGCUCACAGUGGGAUGUGGACAGGGCCGAGCUGCAGGCACGAAUUGCAAUGCUUUUGGGGGAGCGCAAAUGUUUGGAGAGUCUCAAAUCGGAUCUGACGAGGCGCAUCAAGAUGCUGGAGUAUGCCCUGCGCCAGGAACGGGCCAAGUUCUAUCGAUUAAAGUACGGCACCGAUCCGCCGCAGCUGAACGAGUUUAAGCCGACAAACGAGGAUUCAGGCCUAACCGGCGACGUGGCCACCGAUUCCGAAGUGCCCUACAGCUCUGUGUCGAACACCACGUGGCGGCAGGGUCGGCAAAUGUUGCGCCAAUAUCUGGCCGAGAUCGGCUAUACAGACAACAUCAUCGAUGUGCGCUCGAACAGGGUACGCUCGAUCCUCGGCCUGAACAACAAUGCGGAGCACGAUGGCAGUGGCGGCGGUCUUGGCACCGGCGGCGAGAAUAUUAGUCCGAACAUCAAUGGCAACGAGAGCAACAAGCGGGCCUCGGACACGGAAGGCCGUCAUACUCCCGCUAAAAAACAAGUGCAACAAGCGUCCGAUGGAAUCAUCAUUGACACCGAGGCGGCGGUAAUGGCGAACUUUGAGUUCCUUGGCCCCACUGAGAUGUCCGAUGACGAUGAGAUAUCCGAUGAUCUGGAAAUGGUGGCCACCGACAGUGAUGACACGGACGUGAAGCUGGCCAAGCGGGCCAAAUCUGGCAAGGAUAUGCUGACUGAAGAUCUUGAGGCCGAGGUGGGAGAGCAGCUCUUGAACGAUAUGAAUCUUAUAAACGAAGAAGUGGACGGCUCAUUGGGACUGGGAGAGUUGGCCCAACUGACGGUGAAUAAUGAAUCGGAUGGAGUGUACGAUUCGAAUGCCAAGGAUGGUACUGGCGGCAGUACCGGCGGUGCUGGUUACCGCAAGACCUGGAAUGCCAAGUAUACGCUACGCUCUCAUUUCGAUGGCGUUCGCUCGCUCAUUUUCCAUCCGGAGGAGCCAGUGCUGAUCACCGCCUCCGAGGAUCACACGCUCAAGCUGUGGAACCUACAGAAGACGGUGCAAGCCAAAAAGUCAGCUAGUCUCGAUGUGGAGCCUUUGUAUACGUUCCGCGCCCAUACGGGUCCCGUCUUGUGCCUGGGCAUGUCAACCAGUGGCGAGACAUGCUAUUCGGGGGGCCUAGAUGGUAACAUCGAGUGCUGGCAGCUGCCAUCGCCCAAUAUCGAUCCCUACGACUGCUACGAUCCGAAUGUACAUUCUGGCACUCUCGAGGGGCACACGGACGCCGUCUGGGGGCUAACGACAAUGCAGAAUAAUAUUGUAUCGUGCUCGGCCGAUGGCACUGUGAAGUUGUGGUCGCCCUACAAUAAGGACCCAAUGCUGCGUACCUAUACGGCUGCCGAGGCGGAGGGUGUUCCCUCGUCCGUGGACUUUGUCCGAAAUGAAGUGGAUCACAUUGUGGUGGCGUACAACAGUGCGCACUGUAUCAUCUACGAUACGGAAACGGGCAAGCAGGUGAUCAAGCUGGAGGCGGCACAGGAGAUGUCGGGCAAUACGGGGAAAUUCAUCAACAAGGUGGUUUCGCAUCCCACACUGCCCGUUACGAUUACGGCGCACGAGGAUCGGCAUAUUCGCUUCUGGGACAACACAUCGGGCACUCUCGUACACUCGAUGGUGGCGCAUCUGGAGCCGGUCACAUCGCUGGCCGUGGACGCACAUGGUCUGUACUUGCUAUCCGGGUCGCAUGAUUGCUCGAUACGGCUGUGGAAUCUGGACAAUAAAACAUGUGUGCAGGAGAUAACAGCGCAUCGCAAAAAGUUCGAUGAGAGCAUAUUCGAUGUGGCAUUCCAUGCCACCAAGCCGUAUAUAGCCAGUGCUGGGGCCGAUGGCCUGGCCAAGGUGUUUGUCUAAGAGACCGAGACCCCGAAUUCAGAGAAUCCAUAGAAUCCAGAAUCCACAGCCAGCAAGCAGCUCCACAAGCAAACCGAUUACGAGUUCGAGUUAAAUAAUUAUACAUACAUUAUAUAUAUAUAUAUACUUAUACAUUUAAAUCUAAUUAUAUCACACAAAAGAACAACCAACAACAACAAAUUAUGCAUAUAUAUUAAAAAAAAAACAAAUUGCUAAACAAAACAAAACAAAAUAACGAUAAAUAAAUUCAAUAUAAUAAAUGGCAUUUCGAAGUAGGAGAACAAGAAAAAGAAGAAGAGCAAAGCAAAAGUCAAGUACGACAUGAAUUGUGUGUAAUCUAGGAAAGUAAUACUAAUUCUAAAGCAAUGCAAACAAAUUGGCAUAGUUUAACCCCCAAAUAGACUCAUAAGUGCAACAAAACAACAACAAAAGUCAUCAUUGAACAUUAUGUAUUUGUUAAUAACACACACAGACACAACAUUGAUGCAUUAUAGAAAUAGUACGACUAUGUAAAUGGCAAAAAGGAACUUGAUGUUGUUUGAGGUACAAAUUCUUCAACAUUGAUUUGCUUUCCAGGACCUUAGUUUUAGUUAUAUAAUUGGGGCACUUGCACAGCGAUUGUUUGAAAGCUCCUGCCUGCUCCAACUUCCUGUACAUUUGAUAUAUACAUAAAUAUAUAUAUACGUAUACUUAUUCUAUGCCCAUGGCAACAACGUUUGAUAGUGGAUAGAUUGAUGGCUAAGCAUUUUUCAUAUAUAUAGGCACGCUCGCUGUCCAAGUGCCCCAAGUGGAACUCUCGUUUUUUUGCACUCUAGAGUGGAGAAAAAACAUAACGCAAAACAUGUAGACGAUCAAAUUUUUUUAGUAUUAAAAUAAGCAUUAUUGCAUUAUGUCCCCCCUCCCUCAUAUAACGCCCUAAAACUUUAGCGCAAGAGCGAGAGAGAAUUGUAAAUUAAAAUUUAAUUGGAGGGACAACUGAUUGAAGAGGAGAAAAGGAUAAAGGCGGAUGAAUAUUUAUUUCGAAAAAACCAGCAAAAACAACACAGAAAUGUAACAACAAAACUUGAUUAAUUGAUAAGUGCAACAACAAAAAUAUGCUUAUAUAUAUAUUCUAUGAUUUCCGUUUUGUCAUUAAACGAUGGGAUGCACUGCUUGAUUGGGAAAUGGGGGAAAUGAAUGAUAUAUAAUUGAUAAAAAAUAAUAAUUGCAGGCAAGCUAUAAACUGUGUACGCUAAGCUAUUUAUUUAAUUUAUGCCUAGUAUUAAAUGCAAAACAACGUCGUGUCGCCUGAUCCUGUUGAUGGAUUUCGUAGUUGAAAUAUAAAUUAGAAAUCGCUUAUCGA